CCGGAACGCGAGAGGCGGUGAGCGGUGGCGCGGCCCCGCUGGACGGCGCGUCCCGGCGCGGCGCAGGGAAGCGGCUCCCGCCGGCGCCUCGGGCGUGAAGCGGCACCUCCCCGGGGCGGAGCGGAGGGGGCGGCCGGGGCCCAGGCUCAGCGGCUGGGGCACCGGCCCCGCGGCAGGGGAAGGAUGCAGCAGUGACCGCUCCGGACAGGACCUGCCCCAGCUGAGAGCCUCCCUGCCGGCGUGGAGCCCCCAGUGCCCCCAGCCCUGCCCACAGCAUCCUCGGCCCGGCCGCUCCACAGCGGGCACGUCCCGGGGCAGGGGCUCAGCGUGGCCGAGAUGAGCAUGGUAAAGAGCCAUGGGCGGCUGGAGCCCCGGCUGGCUGUGAUGGUGGCUGCCCAGGAGACUCCUCCGGCCUGGUCUUCACGGGGAGAGGAGGGGCCGGCCACCAUGAAGAAGGACAGCAGCCACAGCCAGGAGGAGGCAGACUGCAGGGCAGAGCUGAUCCUCCUCAAUGGGGCCUGUACCAGUCCUGCCAGUGACACCCCCCCCAUCAUACGGGAGACAAAUGGGAAGCCCAGCACUCCAGAUGCUGGGGGCCUGGGGCUGCCAUCGCUGGAGAACAGCAAGCAGGUGAGCAAGGGAGACCCAGGCAAGGAGGAGGAGGGCCUGUCCUGGCCAUUGGCUCUCACGGAGGUGCAGGAGGUGCGGCCCCGUGGCAGUGCAGGCUGGGAGAGCAGCCUCCGGCAGAAGCCCCCCGUGCGCCUCGUGUUCCAGGCAGGGCAGACCCGGCAGGAGAUGAAGAUCAAGGAAAGCAACAGUGUGGAGCCCCCCCGGGAGCUGCCGACCCCCCUGCGGGUGAGGAGCUCCAAGCGGCGCCAGUCCUCAGCCAUCCCCAUCCCCACCAUUGACCUGACGGAGGAGGACUCCCGGGACUCAUCCCGGAGCAGCAGCACCCUCUCCGGCAGCAGCUCCCAGGAGGGCCAGAACGGCUCCACCGAGCUGGGGACCGAGGAGACCGAGAGCAGGGACGUGGGCAUGGCUCUGGAGUACCAGGACGGGAAGGAUUUUGGGAUCGGGGAGCUCGUCUGGGGCAAGAUCAAGGGUUUCUCCUGGUGGCCGGCGAUCGUCGUCUCCUACAGAGCCACAGCCAAGCGCCCGGCGGCCUCGGGCAUGCGCUGGGUGCAGUGGUUCGGGGAUGGGAAGUUCUCUGAGGUUUCUGCAGACAAACUGAUGGGACUCGUGGCCUUUAGGCAGCAUUUCAACCUGUCCACGUUCAACAAGCUGGUCUCCUACCGCCGAGCCGUGUACCAUGCACUGGAGGUUGCCCGGAGCCGGUCGGGAAAGACGUUUUCCACAUCCCCUGGGGAGUCCCUGGAGGAGCAGCUGAAGCCCAUGGUGGAUUGGGCACUCACUGGCUUCAAACCCCUGGGCUUCAAGGGACUGCGGCCGCCCAAGGCCUCAGAGAACGGGGUCCUGCGGAACGGGACAGAGGAGGUGCUGCCCCUCGAGCAGUGUCCCCCCACCAAGAGGCUGAAGACCAACCUGUGCAGCAGCGGCAAGGAGCAGCGCAUGGAGGAGGAGCAAACCCGAGAGCAAAUGGUGUCGGAAGUCACGAACAACAGUGGGAGCCUCGAAGGGAGCUGUUUGUCCUGCGGCAGGAGGAACCCGGCCACCUUCCACCCGCUGUUCGAGGGGGGGCUCUGCCAGACCUGCAGGGAUAGAUUCCUGGAGCUCUUCUACAUGUACGAUGAGGACGGUUACCAGUCCUACUGCACCGUGUGCUGCGAGGGCAAGGAGCUGCUGCUCUGCAGCAAUGCUGGCUGCUACAGGUGCUUCUGUGUGGAGUGCCUGGAGGUGCUGGUGGGCAGAGGGACGUCGGCCAAGGCGAAAGAGCAGGAGCCCUGGAACUGCUACAUGUGCCAGCCCCAGAGGAGCUAUGGGGUGCUGCAGCGCCGGCAGGACUGGAACACGCGCCUGCAGGACUUCUUCACCAGCGACAAGGGGCAGGAAUACGCUGCACCCAAAAUCUACCCAACGGUCCCACCAGCGAAGAGGAGACCUAUUCGAGUGCUCUCUUUGUUUGCUGGCAUAGCCACAGGACACCCAAAACCGGCCACCUCUGCUGACGAAGGAGACCGGGACACUAAAGAGAGCAGUGCAGCCUCAGACGUCUGUCCCUUGGCAGGGUACCUGGUGCUGAAGGACUUGGGCAUCCAAGUGGAGAAGUACAUCGCCUCCGAGAUCUGCGAGGACCCCAUUGCCGUGGGCACCAUGCGGCACGAGGGCAACAUCACCUACGUGCACGAUGUCAGGCACAUAACCAAGAGAAACAUCCAGGAGUGGGGUCCUUUUGACCUGGUGAUCGGUGGAAGCCCCUGCAAUGACAUCUCCAUUGUCAACACGGCCAGGAAGGGGCUCUAUGAAGGGACCGGGAGGCUGUUCUUUGAGUUCUACCACCUGCUCAACUACGCCCGUCCCAAGGCAGGAGAGGAGCGUCCCUUCUUCUGGAUGUUCGAGAACGUGGUGGCCAUGAGGGUCAAUGACAAGAGGGACAUCUCUCGGUUUCUGGAGUGUAACCCAGUUAUGAUCGAUGCUAUCAAGAUAUCAGCUGCUCACCGAGCGCGCUAUUUCUGGGGUAACCUUCCAGGGAUGAACAGGAUCUUCGGCUUCCCCCUCCACUACACGGACGUCUCCAACAUGGGCCGCAGUGCUCGGCAGAAGCUGCUGCGGUCAUGGAGUGUCCCUGUCAUCCAGCACCUCUUCUCCCCGCUCAAGGAUUACUUUGCCUGUGAAUAGCCAGCCGAGCAUCCCUCGUCUCUCUGGUAAAGAUGCACAGCUCGGCUGGAGAUGGGCCCAUCCCUGCUCUCCCUGCUGCAGGGAGGCAGCCUGGCCCCGCAGGGAGAGCCGAGGAAUGUCUUUAACCAAAGAACCUGGCAGGGUAACUUGAAAGGGACUGAUGGCAGUGAUAGAAAACAUGGACAAAAGAGCUUUAAUUGCCCAGCGCAGGAAGCUCUGUGCAUGGCUGAGACCAUGGGAAGUCUCCUCCAGAGCAUUAAAUACCCCAGUUUAGCCUAGAGCUGAGCAGUGAGCGCGGAGGCAGCUGCCGAGGGGCUGCAGGCAGACGUGAACCGCAGUGAGUUACUGCUCCUGACCAACCAAACCUCUCCUGAAGCAACUGCUGCAGCCCUGGCUGUGGCAGGAGGUGUAAGGACCCUGCUCAGGUACAUACACUGAACACGCAGGAUACAGGCACCAAAUCGGUUUUAUUGUUAUUUUUUGGUAAACUCUUGUGUUGUUUAAUGUCUAUUGCUGCUUUAAGGCAUUACGUAUGAAUGUGGAGAUUCCUAGACCUGAAUGUAGCUGAAACUGAACUGUGAGGUGAUAGGAUUACUUUUCUAGCUAGACCUAAAGGAAUAUUGUUUUUUACAUUUGGCUGUAGGUUACAAAUACUCACGACUUCCUUUUUAAAGCAUCUACAACCUUUUCCUUCCAUUUAAAUCCUGCUGAGUGGUUUAAAGCUUACGUAGGAAUUGGAGCAGGGAGGAUUUGAGCUCCAGUGUCCAUAAAGGAAAAUGUUCUCUGAGCAUCCAUUAUCCCCAGUGAAUGUGGUGCAUGGGCAGGAAGGGCAGUGCAGGGCCAGUGUGGUCCUCAGGCUGCAGCCCCUGUGUGUUGUGAAGCUGAGCAGUAUUGGGAGCGUGUUGGCUGUGGUGCAGGAGCUUCCUGGCAGGGAAGACCCCACUGGGCCCCAGUGGGGUUGCAGCAUCCCAGAGCACAGCACCAGUCUCACCUGCUCUGAUCCCACUCCAUGGGCAGCAAGGUGGGAAAGCUGCUGUGCCUGGGGGCUGUGUGUGUCCCCCCACUGCGGGCACUGGUGCUGGGGCAGGUCUUGGGUCUGCAGACAGGGCUCUGCUCUACCUCUCUCCUUCCCUGCUCACCCAUGUCCCCAUGCACACAGAUGCUCUCGUGCUGUGCCCAGCCUGGGGCUGGAUCAGGAGCUCCUGCAGCCACCACCGUGCUCACUUUGUUGCCCUCCUGCUCCCUGACUUUGCCAGGGUCAUUUCCCACUGUCCCUAAAGUCCUGGGGAGCCCGUCCCACCUGUGCCAGGUUUUCUGUAGCCCCCUUAACUCCAAUGCACAUUUCAAUGCACUGAAACAACUUGUGGUGUCCCCCCAUUGUCCCUCUGUCCUCCCCUACCUCUGCUGUUCACUACACCCUGUCCACAGUGUCCUUUGGUGCCUUCUCGAAGUGAAUCAUGUCCAAACCAUGGGCCGGGCUGCUUCAUGAGGUGUCGUACAGCAUCAGUGGGGAAUGAGAGCUUCUCUCCCAGCUCCUUCUACCUCUCUGACACAUGGGAGCCUCUCACUUUCCACUCUUCUGUGCCGCGUUCCACCCUGGGCUUUGAGGAUCAUCUUUUUCCCUUGGUCCUGCCCAGAGGUCACUCUUUAAAGUCUCCCCAGUGGGGUUGGUUUUGGUGAUGUGUUUGAGCUCAGGAAUGAGUAGCACUCACUCACCUUUGUCACCAGCCCCUAAUGCUGGGGGAGCCCCAGCAUCACCACCACCAGCUUUGAACCCAUCUGCAGCCUCUGGCACCCAGCCUGGACCCAUGACACAACACUAACUGUGCCUAGCCCCAGCCAGAGCCCCAUGUGGAGCCACAGGGUCACAGGAACCCUCUGCUUUGGGACCCUCUGAUGGGGUUUAUGUUUCCAAAUGGGGCUGGCACAUGACCUCCACUCACCAGCAUCUCUGAUUUCAUACUCCAGGUCUCACAUCCCUUCCCUAUCUGAUCAAAAGAAAAAUAAAUAGAUGAGGGAAAAAAAGGGACUUGGGGAAUUUACACAAAGAUAAAAGAGGGAUGAGAAUUGUCUUGGCAUUAAGCUUACUUGAUAAGAAUUGUAGUCGACAAGUCUUCCUUGAAACGGUUUUCCCUGUAAGAGCUGCCUUUUAUUACGUGUUUAUAAAAUGUUGUAAGGAGAGGUAGAUCCAGACCUGCCUUUUAACACUUUUGUAAAGGUUUCUAACUCUCCCUGGUGCUAUUUUUUUAGGUUAAGGAUUGUUGAUGUUGAAAUUCGUGCGGGUUUUUAUACAAUCUUUUACAAAUAAAACAAGUGCAUUGUUUUG